AUGGACGCCGACCAGUUUAAAGAAUUCAUGGCGCUAAUAACUAAGUGUAAGAAAGUCGGCCAUGUGUCCUAUGGUUGUAGUACUGAAGAUCAAGAUUCUGAAAAUAAUCGAGAAGAUUCUACUAAUAUAAUAGAUAAUAAUUUAGCUUUUAAAUACAAUCGUAAUUUGAUAAUUAAUACUACACCUACGAAACAUAAAUCUUUAUUUAGUAGAGCUUCAUCUUCAAAACAUGCUGUGUGCUUGAAUAAAAAUACUGGACCAUCAUUUGGAACAACUGAUUUAAUAGUUAAAGAUGGUAAAGUUACAUGUAAAUCUGAAUGUUAUUCCUUAAAUUUAUUAGAAAAAAUUGUUGGAGAAAUAUCAGAUUUUGAUAGUGAAGAUGAUGAAGAUAUAAAAAGUUAUCAAAUAGAAGAAUAUGAAGUGUAUCAUGUAAAGAAAAAAAAAUAA